ACCCUUAUCGAUCACAUAUUUACAAGAUAAGUAUUUAAUCAGUAAUCUCUAUAACACUCUGAAGUAAUAAGUUAUAGUUAAUAAGGCUAUUUAUACGGUACGGCAUCUCAUGUACCUUAAUAAUAAGACUGUGAAGACGUUAGGGGCGACGUUUAAGUUUUGUUCAUUUAAAAAUACAUAGAUAGAACUAACUAAUAGGCAAAGAUGAUUUUAGUGCGACUUGGCGCGCUAUCUUUAGCCCUUAGUUAUGUUGCUGCAACUUGUCCCAGUGUUCAGCAACAAUCACAGCUGGCCUCGCUCAACGAGCGAAUGAACCAAAUGAUCAGCGCCCUGUAUUCGUCACCUUUCCUUUCGAGUUUCAAGUCGAAAGCGUUGGGUUCAUCAGCCUCGUACUCCAGCCCGCCCAGUGACUACUCAAGUGCGCCAGCGGCGUCGUACGACCCCGCGGCAUACGCCCCAGCUCCUUACAGUCCUCCAGCACCUUACUACAUGCCCGCUCCACCCGCGCCCAGCGCCCCGCCCAGCCACUACCCGCAGCCUCUAGAGAGCGGGGUAGCUCCAGCAGAGUAUGGGUACUCGGCGCCGUCCAGCCAGUACCCUCGCUCGUACCCUCCUCCCUCCUACGACUCGUACUACAACCAGCCGUGCCCUUGUCAAGGCCCCCCCGAGUACCCUCCGUCCAAGCCUUACCCAAGCCAAGGUUAUCCCGCGCCAUACCCGCCCGCGCCGCAGCCGUCGCCGCCGCCGCGUAGCGUCCUCAUACACCCCGCCUGCGUCAUCGUACUCACCACCUACGUCGUCGUACUCUCCUUCUACGUCAACGUACUCAACGUCUUCGUCUUCGUUCACACCUUCUUCAUCGUACUCAGCACCAUCGUCCCCGUGCUCAGCUAG